AUGGACCGAGUGACCAGAUACCCCAUCUUCGGCAUCCCCGACUCGCCCCGCCUCACCAGCCUGGCGUUUGAUGGGGACAUUGGCUACACGUUCAAGCUGGUGGGCACGGGUCCAGAGGCGGCUGGCUGGGGCCAGGACGAGCCGCCUGCCUGGCCCGCUCACCAUGAGGACCAGCUGGACACGGUGAGGGCCGGAGCGUCCCACAGCCUGCGUGCCUUCCCCGGCAAGCCGUCCGCACGGGCACUCUACCUAGAGGACAAAGAGGAUGAGGGGAUGAAGGCUUACCACCUGGGUGAUGCCAGGGACAGCUUCCCCAGGCGGCCUCAGGACUUGGGGCUGGAGCGCCAGACGAUCAUCCAGGGCCAGGCGGUCAGGAAGAGCGGCACGGUGGCCACACUCCAAGGGACCCCAGACCAGGUGGACAGCGCCCCCAGCCACACUCUGUCCGAGUUCCUGGGGGAGAAUGUAGUGGACAGGGAGCAAAUAGACUUCCUGGCCGCGCGGCAGCAGUUCCUGAGUCUGGAGCGGGCCAAUAUGGCAGCCCCUCGGAAAUCCCCGCCCAGGGUGGUCUCCGGGGGUGCCCCACAGGGGGUCAGCCAGGCUCCCAAGGCCUUUAACGGGCCCCACCUGGCUAACGGGUAUGGUGUGGCUGUCAGACCUCAGGUGAAGGAGGUGACUGAGAUAGAGAAAAAGAAGGAUCGGGGAUCACCCGCUGGGUUUCACGUCGGCACGGUGGAAGAGCCUGGUUCCCGCCCCCGGGCAGGGUCUCCGGAGCACGCCAAGGAGACCCCCAUCGAGCGGGAGAUCCGGCUGGCUCAGGAGCGUGAGGCCGACCUGCGAAAGCAGAGAGGCCUGCAGCCGGCGGCCAGCCACCAGGAGCUGGUGGAGAUCCCUACCAGGCCCGUGCUGACCAAGGUGAGUCUGACCGAGGCGCCGCGGCGGGAGAGGGGCCGCCCAUCACUCUAUGUGCAGCGGGACAUUGCGCAGGAGACUCAGCGUGAUGAGGACCACCGGCGGCAGGGCCUGCAGGGAGGCCGGCCGUCCACACCCGACUGGGACUCCAAAGGCCCCCAGCCCAGACUCAGGAGGGUCCUCAGCUCAGACUCCAUCCUCAACCCGGCCCCAGACGCCCGAGCGGCGGACCCCGCCCCAGAGGUGAGGCGGGUGGACCGCAUCCCGUCCAGCGCCUACCAGCAAUUCCAGAACCCUGAGAGCCCCCGGCUGGAAUUCUCAGCCUUCGGCACGUCUGCCAAGACCAGAGGUCCAUCUGCAGACGAGGUCAAGGCUGGGGCUUCUCCAAAGGCCGCAGGGCCUCGGAAGCAUGUCUCGGAAUACUCCGGAAAACCCUCGGGCACAAAGCAAGGGCACUCGAAGACCCUCCAGAAACCUCCGCAAGCCAACGCGGGUGUCAUGCGAUCGGAGUACUUCCGCCUGCGUACCCCGCAGUUCAGGGUUGCGGAUGUGCCCCAGCAAGCAGAGGCCCCCCAAGUCUGGGAAUGGGAGGUGGCUGGGGCCCCGCCAUUGAGGCUGCAAAAGUCCCAGUCGUCCGAUCUGCUAGAGAGGGAGGUGGAGAGCGUGCUGCGGCGCGAGCGGGAGGUGGCGGAGGAGCGGCGCAGCGCGUUGUUCCCCGAAGUCUUCUCGCCAUCGCCAGGUGAAGACUGCGGCCAGGUCUCUAGGAGAUCCUCCCAGGAGUCCGGCAUCACAGGCAGCUACUCUGUGUCCAAAUCACCCUCCUUCACCCCCUUCCAACUACAGUCGGGCCUGGUGUGGACAGUGGAGGCUAAGCCCGAGCCCCCAGAAGUGCCACCAGAGGCCGCUCCGUGGCAGAAGAAGAAGAAGGAGCUGUGGUACGCCAGCGUCAACCCCUCAGACGACAUCAGCUUGGAGGUCCUGGAAGCCACACGGGUGACCCGCCACAAGAACGCCAUGGCAGAACGCUGGGAAGCCGGCAUCUAUGCCAGUGAGGAUGAGGACUGA